AUGUCCAGCGACGACGACGUCGCGUUUAAUCCAGCCUUCGCCUUCGACGUCGACGACGACGGCGCGCGCGCGCGGGAAACGCAUCGAGUGGGACAUCGCGCGCGCGGCGGCGCGAGGACCGCGCCGUGGGACUUUGGCGACGCCGCGGCGCGGGCGCGUGGGGAACUGCGCGCGCGAGGGGCGACGAGCGUGGAUGAAAAGAUACGGCGCGCGCGGGGGGGGCGAACGUCGGGGUCGGGGAGCGAGAGCGCGUACGGGAGCGCGAGCGAGGACGCGCCGCUUCCGGGAGAGGCGGACGCGAGCGACGACGAGGAUUCGGACGCGUCGGAGAUGGAUUCGGAAGCGGUGUCGGGAACGUCGAGUGGGAGUGAUGGGAGCUCGGAAUCGGAAGAAUCGGGUGAGGGCGAUGGGAGCUCGGAAUCGGGAGAAUCGGUGGAGGAGGAGUCGGAGAGCGCGUCGGAGGACGCGGCGGCGGCGCGAAGAGCGUCGAGCGCGGACGCAAAGGCGAAAAACGUCGAGGAGACGACGAACGUGGCGUCGUCCGAUUCGGAGGAGGACGCGAUGUUUACCGAACGCGCGGUGGUGAAGGGAGCGAGGGGUGACACGACUUUUGACGCCAAGGCGUUUGAUGAGCUGCACCUGUCCAGGGCGCUCACGCGGGCGUGCGAGACGCUUGGGUACAAGAAACCGACGCCGAUUCAGGCGGCGGUGAUACCGAUCGCGAUGACGGGGCGAGAUGUAUGCGGACGGGCGGUGACGGGAAGCGGGAAGACGGCGGCGUUUAUGCUUCCGCAGCUCGAGCGCCUGUUGCACCGAGGACCGCGCGCGACGGCGGCGACGUACGUGCUGUGUCUCGUCCCGACGCGCGAGCUCGCGGUUCAGGUGCACUCGAUGACGGAGAGUUUGGCGCAGUACACGAACAUUCGCGUCUGUCUCGUCGUCGGUGGUCUGUCGGCGAACGUUCAAGCCGCAGAGCUUCGGACGAGACCGGAAAUCGUUGUCGGAACCCCCGGUCGCGUCAUCGAUCACGUUAGGAACACGCAGUCUUUCGGACUAGAAGAUUUGGCGACGCUCAUUUUGGACGAAGCAGAUCGAUUGUUAGAGAUGGGUUUCUUGGAGGAAAUCAAGGAAAUCGUGCGGCAGUGUCCGAAGAAGCGUCAGACGCUUUUGUUCAGCGCCACGCUCACCGCGGGCGUCGAGGCGCUCGCGAGUCUUUCGAUGAAGAACCCGGCGAGACUCUCGGCUGACACGUUAGGGACGACGCCGGAGCACUUGAUCGAAGAAGUUUUGAAGCUCAAGCCGAACCAGAGCGCGCAGAAAGAGGCAUUUCUCAUGGCCAUUGUCAGUCGCUCAUUUGACAAAUCGACAAUCGUCUUCACGAAAACCAAGCAGCAGGCGCAUAGGCUGAAGAUCAUCAUGGGUCUGAGCAAGGUCAAAGCGGGCGAGCUUCACGGAGAUAUGACGCAGACGCAGCGUCUGGCCGCGUUGGAUGACUUCCGAACGGGACGCGUGACACACUUGAUUGCCACCGACGUCGCGGCGAGAGGCUUGGACAUCCCAUCAGUCGACGCGGUGAUUUCCUACGAUGCGCCGAAGACUCUGGCGAGUUAUUUGCAUCGCGUCGGUCGCACGGCGCGCGCGGGGAAAAAAGGGACGGCGUUAACGUUCAUGGAAGAGUCAGAUCGCAAAUUAGUGAAAACUGUGGCCAAGCGCGGGGCCAAUCUCAAGGCGCGAGUCGUUCCCGGAAACAUCGUCGCCGAGUGGCACAAAAAGAUUGAAGUCAUGGAGGAGAAAAUCGUACACAUCAACUACGAGGAGCGCACCGAGCGACAACUUGCCAAAGCGGAGAUGGAGGCGAACAAGGCGUCGAACUUACUCGAACACGCGGCGGAGAUCAAGUCGCGUCCCGCGAAGACGUGGUUCCAGAGUGAACGAGAGAAGCGAGACGUCCAAAAGCAAGCCGUAAAGGCGAAUGAGACGGCCGAAAUCGAUCUCAUGGAUCGAAAAUCACUUCGAAAAUCGUUGAAGCGCGGUAAGGAGAUCGCCGGUCCCGAUCGCUUACCCGCCGGCAAAAAAGCUCGUCGCGAGCUCGCGAGACGCAACCUCUACGCCAAGGAGCACGGCGUCGACGCCGACGACGGCCCCAAGGGCGGCGUUCGCGUCACCAAGGGUGUUAAAUCCAUCAAAGCCCUCGAGCGUGAGGCCCGUCUCACGGGCGCCACCGCCGGCAAGGUGGUUCGAAUGGUCAAAAAAGCUGCCAAUCCUCCCAAGCGCGCGCCGCGCGCCGCCGACCCGGACGACGACUUCACCCAGCGCUCCGGUCGCGGCGCCGGCUACGGCGGUAAGCUCCGCACCGGCGUCCGGCCCGGAUCUACAUCCACCGCUAACCGUCCAUUCAAGUCGGUCAAGGGCGCGUUCAAGUCCCAGAGCAAGUACAGACGUAAGAAAUAA